CAUCAACUCACCUUUCGCUAGUAGCUAAAACUCAGGGUUAAAUUAAAUGUCCUUCAUGGAAACUCAGAAGAAACAAAAGCAGGAAACUUUUGAGGAUAAAAUCUCCACGUUGAGGGCUGACGGGGAAUGGAAACUGCGGCAAGGAAAAUACAAACAAGCGCUCAGCAGCUUUAGUGCGGUGCUCGAUUUAAUCCAUGAGGACAAGAAAAGCUUUGUGGAUCGAUCCAAGUGUUACCAUCGGAUGGGUGAGUUUAGAAAUGCUUUAAUAGACGCUGAAGCUUCACUGAAAGACGACGCUUUACUUCCUGAGGGGUUGUACCAAAAAGCAGAAGCUUUAUAUUCCAUGGGAGAAUUAGAAUUUGCGCUGGUUUUUUACCACAGAGCGCACAAGAUUCGCCCACAGAUGCAAGAAGUCAGGCUUGGCCUCCAGAAGACAGAAGAAGCAAUAAGAAACCAUGUUGGCAGUCCUUCCUCUGUCAACCUCGAAGUUAAGGGAGAUUUAUCAUACCUUAAAGAUAAGGAGAAGAGAGAGCAUCCAAUUGCUGUUAUCCAGAAACUGACAGAAGACAAAGAUCAUCAAACUUCAGAGGACUCGGAGAACAAGAAGACCACCAAACAACUGCUGAGCAACUUUUACCUUCACCAGAAAUUUCUAGAGAAACUUCUGAAAGACCAAGAUUUGGCUAAAGAUGAGACAAAGAGUCGAGAACGAGUGGAGAGCAUCAUUCAGAACAGUAUCACGUCUUUAUACAACUGCGCUGACUUCAGGAGUCAAGAGACGCCAAUUUCCCUCAGAGAGAAGAAGGAUCGGCCGAAGCUGCAGAAAUCUAGCUCCACCUCUGACAAGGUUCAGUUUCUCCUGGGGAGCCUUGAUGAGAUGGAUGGCGGGAGUGCAACAUGUAGUCUGAAAAAGGCAGAAGAUUUAAUAAAAAGAGUUCAAAGAUAUUCAAAGAAAGUUUGCCCUAUUAAAGAAGAGAUGAUGUGUUUCCUGCAUAGCUGCAUUGGAAAUGCUUCGUUUGACUUGGGAGACGUAGAUAAAGCUCUGGAGCAUCACUACAAAGACCUGGAGUUGGCUAAACAAUGCAAAUUUCAAGAAGCUACUUCCAGGGCUCUGGGCAACAUCGGUCGUAUCUAUGCUGAAACUGAACAGUUUCCGAAAGCCAUAGAAUCGUGGGAAGAGAAGAUUCCUUUUGUUCAUAGUGAUUUGGAGAAGGCCUGGUUGCUUUAUGAGAUUGGCUGUUGUUACCUGGAGCUCAAACAUCCUGACAAAGCCAGAGAAUACGGCCUGCGAUCUGUCGCUGUGGCGGAGGACAUGUCCGAUGACAAGUGGCAGUUAAGAGUCCGAGUUUUACUCGGACGGUCAGAAUUGAAUCUGGGGAACUUUCAAUCAUCUGUAUCACACUAUGAGAAAGCUCUGAGUCUGGCUAAACAGCAAAAAGAUGGCACUGCACAGAGCAAGAUCCAAAUAGUUCUCAAUUGGAGCACAACAGCAUCUGCCUCACUGUGGAACCCUGCAACAGAACGCAAUCAGAGAACAUCCAUUCACGAGGAUCUUAUUUAAAUAAAAAGUGCAUAAAGGGUUUUUUAUUUGUUUUUGUGUU